AUGUCGGAGGCAGAGGUUAGGUUGGCUCUUCUAAUGUUGGCCCAAGUCGUGACAACUCAAUCCCGAGCUAUGACAGCCCAAGCCAAUAGAGAUGUUGGAACUUAUGUGAACCCUAAUGUGAACUACACGGAUUUUAGAUUGAGGGAUUUUGUUAAAAUGAACCCUCCCAAGUUUCUUGGUUCCAAAGUGGGAGAGGAUCCUCAAGAAUUUGUGGAUGAGAUAAAUAGGCCGGUAGAAGCGGGUCCCAUUGAUUGGGAGGUGUUUAAGGAAGCAUUUAUUGAUAGGUUCUUUCCCCGUGAGUUGAGGGAUGCCAAGGUGGAGGAAUUCAUUAACCUUAGGAAAGGUAGCAUGAGUGUUCAAGAGUAUGCUUUAAAAUUUACCCAACUAUCCAAGUAUGCUCCAUCUAUGGUGGCAGAUCCGAGGGAUGGGAUGAGUAGAUUUGUGACAGGUCUAAUGGGCAAGGCCGACAAAAGUUUAAACAAGGGUAUUUCGGUCAAGAUUCCUCCAAUACCCCCUAGGUCUAACCAAGAAAAGGGUAGUGGGUCUCCAUUUCCUAAUCCUACUUGCACCAAAUGUGGACAUAAGCACCAUGGUAAGUGGCUAGUCGGUACGGAUGGUUGCAAUGGAUGUGGAAAGAGUGAUCAUCAAGUGAAAAAUUGCCCUACACUCUCGGCAAAAGGAAUAGAGGCCAAGCAAGCUUCUCCUAGUGAUCUGGUUCCCAUUCCUCUAAAUUAUGGUCGCUUCUAUGCACUCUGGUCUAGAGAGGACAAAGGAGUCUCUCCGGAUGAAGGCACAUCUGCUGGAAAUUUGAGCGAGCAAGGUUGGGGAUCGCCAACCCGUUUGGCGCAUCGCCCAAAUGUCUCUCCAAUCGCCAAGUUGGCUGGAUUCUUGGGGUGA